CCUGAAUCAAAUAGCGUCUGAGCCUGUAGAAGACCACGUCAUCAUGGUGAAAAAUGCAGGCCACUUGAUGAACUUAAAAACUGCCAUUGCCAGGAAAAUAUGCAGAGAAGUUGAAGUCGAGUGUGAGCCAGACCCGCUGGCGGUAGAGCAGCAUCAGAGAAUGGACGAGGCCGACGCCAGCCUUGAUGCGAUCAGAACACUUCUUAGCGAUCUACGGGACAGCUGCAUCGAAAACAGAUGCCCUAACUGUUUCACGAUGAACGAAACACUUGGCGCUUGCUAUAGAUUCGGUUCUGAAUUCCACAAGAUGACUUGGGCGGAAGCUGACUUGUUUUGUGCAGGACACUUCGAAGCACGUUCGGUAUCCGUCACGUCUCCAGAGGAACGGGAAUUCAUCCGGUCACAAAUCGGAGAUGAUAAGAGUUGGUGGACAAGUGGCAACGAUCUGGGAACAGUCGACAAGUUUACCUGGGCGGACAGCGGUCAACUGAUGACCGAAGAUGCCGCUAACCUGGGCAAGAGCGCCCCGAACCAGCGUUGCGUGAAGCUCCGGGAGAACACGCUGGAACCAGAAGCGGCACCUUGUGACGAGUUCCACUAUGUCAUUUGCAAGACGAUGAUUUAACUGAAACCGGACCUUCCUUAACGCCGGUUCUUGUCCAAUGAUAUGUAUAUCCGGUAUUGUUGGAGGUUUCUGCGAAUAUAUAUGUGGAUUUCAAUUAUCAAGACGGAAGUUUACUUUAUGGGACAAUUCAUUACAGUUAUCUUAACACAUUUCCUCUGAAAUACAUGUAUACUGUUUUUUUGUUUUAAUUGUUUUUAAGUAACGAAAUUGAAACUGAAAAGAGAGGGAAUGCAAUUUGCCUUCCUAAGUGUAUUGUUUUCAGUUUAGGUGGUGAAAGGUCCUAGAAAAUUUAAUUUUCCUCUUUUUCCUCAAGUCAUGUAACAGGUAACACUGAUAAAAAUUUCUUAUUCCUCUGCGGUAGCAUACAAA